ACGCACUUUCGAUGACGUCGCAAGGUCGUUUUCCGCUCUACAGAGUUGUGCGUUUGCGCCUCCUGUCUUGAAAGGGAGGUGAGGGAUAGUUUACUUUCCAGAGUUCAAGGUUUGGUUUCGGUGUUCGUCUGGAGUAGAGGGUUUUUACCGAGGCUCAAAGCCGCUUUUCACAGAGCCAAGAUGCUGAACAUGUGGAAAGUUAGGGAGCUGGUUGACAAAGCAACCAAUGUUGUGAUGAACUACUCUGAGGUGGAGUCUAAAGUCAGAGAGGCGACUAACGAUGACCCCUGGGGACCUUCAGGACAACUUAUGACUGAAAUUUCUAGAGCCACCUUCAUGUAUGAGCAGUUCCCGGAGGUGAUGAACAUGCUGUGGGCCCGCAUGCUGAGGGACAACAAGAAGAACUGGAGGAGAGUUUACAAGUCUCUGCUAUUAUUGGCUCAUCUAAUCAGGAACGGGUCAGAGAGGGUGGUAACCAGUGCACGAGAACACCUCUAUGACCUGAGAUCUUUAGAAAGCUACCACUUUGUUGAUGAGAACGGGAAAGAUCAAGGAGUGAAUGUGCGUCAGAAAGUGAAGGAGAUGGUGGACUUCGUUCAGGAUGACGACAGGCUCCGGGAGGAGCGGAAAAAGGCUAAGAAGAACAAAGACAAAUACAUCGGUGUAUCCUCAGACAGUAUGGGGUACAGAGGUUAUUCCGGCGACCGAUACGACUCGAGCGACAGCAGGGGGAAGUGGGAUGACGACUGGGAGAAGAAAGGCCCGUUUCCCUUCAGUGAAAAGUUGGGGGAAAUCAGUGACAAAAUUGGCAGCACCAUCAAUGAUACCAUAAAUACGUUCAGGAAUAAGGAUCGAGAUGACUCACCGGACCGAUUCAGUGAUAAUGAAGAAGAGCAGAAUCGCUCGUCUCGAAACGGUCAGUCGGCGAAAGAUUUCAAAGAUGAAGAGGAGACCGUCACAACCAAGAGUGUGCACAUCGUCCAAGCAACAGAGACGACGGCAACACGGAAAAGAGGGCCACCCUCCAAAAAAGUUGACCUCGGGGCCGCCGCUCACUAUAAAGGAGACCAGAGUCCAGAUACUACAGCCAAACAGACACAGCCAGCGGCUGCCCCUCAGCCUGCCAACACAGGCCUUGCUGACCUUCUGAUGGUGGAUACGACACCUACAAAGCCUGCUGCCACAGACCUGAUUGGUGGAUUUGCUGAUUUUGCUACACCUGCAGCCUCUGCUGGACUUUUCCCUGGAUCUGCGACAUCACCCACAAGCCCCAAUGGAGACUUUGGAGAAUGGAACGCCUUUCCUGGAGGUCAAAUUCCACCAUCUGCUCAGAGUGCAGACUUUGGUGGGAAUGACCUUUUUGGAGCCAUGGCAGCAGGUCCUGCCCCCACCCCGGUCUCAGCUCCAUCCGCUGCUCCUGCCUCCUCGGACCUGUUUGACUUGAUGGGAGCAUCCCAGUCCCUCACCUCCUCCCAGAGCCUCAACUUCAGCAUGAGCAGCACUCAGAGCAUGAGCACCACCGUUCUGCCUCAGUCCAAGUCACAGCUGAUGCAGAACAUGGGAAGUCCCCUCCAGCCUCUGUCUGUGCAGCAGGGGGUGUCCGCUCAAGGUGCAGCCGCCAAAGCAUCUCUUCCAUCCACCUGGUCAGAUCCCUCUGUCAACAUCAGCUUGGACUUCCUGGGCCCUGGAAUGCAGCCCCCCAAACCAAGCCAGCCCAGCCUCAACACCCUGCAGCACGGCAACCAGCCACCUGCCAAUAUGCUCGCUCAGGGAUUUUCCAAUAUGAAUCUUGGACCUACACCAGUCAGACCGGCUUUCAAUAAUAUGAUGCAUCAAGGCAUGGGGAUGGGGAUGACCAUGGGGAUGAGUAUGGCUCCUAACCAGGGUAUGAUGGGCAUGAACAUGGGAAUGCCCCAGGGAGGUAUGCCGAUGGGAAUGCCUCAAGGAGGCAUGGCCAUGGGAAUGCCUGGCACAAUGGGAAUGGGAAUGAGCCCCGCCAUGGCCCAACAGCCCAAACACGACGCCUUUGCUGACUUUGGCAACUUCGGAAAGUGAUGGAGGCGAGGAAAAUAACAAAAAAAAAAAGAAAACAUCAAGAGUGCUGGCAGUCCGUCUCCCUUCCGGCGCUGAAGGAUCGUCCUGAGCUGCAAACAAAGAGUACUUGAAAAAUCUCACAACACCCUACAAUCUUUGUAUUUUUUAUGUUUAUGUAGUGACACGUGGAUCUAAAUGAAUGUGUGUUGAUUGAACCAAUGAUCAGUGCGGUCUGAGAUGGACAGAUGAUCGUGUUUCUGCUGGUUGCAAAUUAGUCGGCAGGAAGAAGAGAAGAAAGCUGCCGGGUGAAGUGCUUUAUAACCUCAAUCAAGUUUCAAAAUCCAGAAUAGCAAAAACAUAUUAGUAGCUGCAUUAUUGAUGAAAGGAAAUCCUAAAAAAAGAAGAAAAAAAAAACAUAAAAUAACAUGCUUAUUUUAAUUUUUCUAAACUUUCUACUGUACAUUUAGUGAUGUUUUUUCCCAUCCUGUCUUCCUCUUGUACAUAACUGUUUGCAGCCCAAACCGUAACUUAUGAAGUAAAUAUUUCAGAGGCACCACGACCAAAUCUGAUAUAUGAGACCUAUAGCAAUACAUGCGCUCUCCUUGUACAUAGUUAUCCACAGUCCAGAUGUGGCUAAGAAGUGUUACAAUGAAGAUGGUUAAGAAUUAUUGCAGUGAGAGCUUUGAAUUUAAUUAAUUUCCUUUAAAACGAUUUCCUUUGUGGCCUUUUUUAUUAUUGAUGUCUAUUUUACUCUUGAAGAAAAUGAUCAUUUUUUGUCUAAAUAGGAUAAUCAGUAAAAAAGCACCUCAUGUGGAGGUUGCUUUUCCUUAUUACGGAGUGCCUGAGAAAUGUUUAGCCUUUUCCAUCGACCUGAAACGGACUGUGGGGGUUUGCAGGGCUGCACAUAGAGCUUCUGUAUGUAUCUGUGCGCUCUCUGCCCAAAAAUCCAAAUUAAACUGUUUCCUGUAUUGAUGCCUUAAGCGUUCAGCAGCAGAUCUCGCAGCUGAUUAACUUCUUCAGUCUGUUUGUGUGAGAGGAACAGCGUUUGAGAGCUGGGAUGGACUUUAAACCCGUCCUGUGCAUUGUUCCCCUCUGAAUGAGAACAUCUUGUUCGCUCACUAUGAGCUGUGGGAAGAUCCACGGCGUGUUUGUUUGAUGAUUGGUGUUUGGAGUAACUUAUCAGUAGUUGAAGUGCCUGCCAAGACUCCUCUUGACCCUCGAAAUUAGCGAUUUAUAAUCAAAUUGUGUCAACCUGACAUUGUUGGUUUGUCACGGAUGAAAUGAUUGAAUAGAAAGAGGGCGAUGGAUUCUGCUGAGCUCACAGACGCCGGUGUCAGAUGCAUUCAAAUGACCAAAAUCUGCUAUUUUUCUAAUGAACAUGUUGAUGCCUUUUUCUACUUUCAAUCAUUUGAGACCUGUCGAAAGUGAGAUUGUUACUGAAACACUAGUAUAUGCAAAUGUGUAUAUAUAUAUAAGAAAAUCCUUUUUUUGAGACAAUUUUGCAAAAUUCAUUGUUCUGAUAUGAUUUAAUCAAGAUUCUUUAUGGAUGACAUUAAAAAAAGAAAGGAUGAUUGAAA